UGAAGAUCGCAGUUGUAUACACAUGCGCAGUGCUAUGCCACGUGACCGCUCAAAUGACGUCAGAGCAGGGGUCUUUCGGUCAAGCGGAUGUACAACCUCGGAGAGGGCGAAUAGUUGCCCGGGUCCUAUCGUCUGAUCUAAACAUCACACUUCUACACAAGCAGGCUGCCGAGCGAUACGGACACCUGGCUAAAAAUGAAUCUGUGACGUCUACUUCCGCAUGCAAUGACCUGUGUCCCCCGCCAUGGAUCGAGCAUGUGUCGAAGAUUCGCGGUUUUGCUGCGAUGUCAACCAACCCUGUCUGCGAAUUCGCCGAACACUUCUCGGCCUGUUCCGCUUCCAACGAAGUCUGCAAAACAUUGCCCGUGAAAUUCCGGUGCUGUCCGGCACAUUGCGUUCAGUCGGCUUACGAAUGCUACAAAGGGCCUCCAACUAAUUUUCUAUGCGUGCCAAAGUCAAUACAACCAUGGAUGGUGGACAAAAUACGACUAAUAGUCCAUGGUUCUUCAAGUCAAGUAUAGACGCUGCAUUCUUGUUUCUUUCUGUUUGCUUGCCAAAUGUUAAUACGUGACCCAUUAUCGCACGCAGAACCCGACGGGAGACGUUAAAUGAAACAAACGUUAGGAAUAAUUGUAUGAUUCUUUCAAUUAUUUAUGUCAAAUAUUUUCAAGGUUACGCAAUAGAAAUAUUUAUAUCUUUAUUUGUGUAAUAUUAAUCGGUUACUCAAAAAGCCUACUAAUUAUUCAGAAUUUUCUUAUAAGCAUGUAGAAUGUCUAGUUGUUGUUUCCUGCCUUUUUAUUAUACAUGUUUACUGUUGUUGUUGUCACUCUGGAUCAGCAGACGAUU